AUGGACGGUGGAUACGGUAACAAUUACAACCCUUAUGGCAGCCAAACCGGUGGUGGUGGUGGUGGCUUCGUGCCCGGCGAGACCAACAGUCCGUCGGGAGGCAAGGGUGGUGGUGACAACAAGACCAUCCGACCAGUGACAGUCAAGCAAAUCAACGACGCAACUUGCCCUUACCCCGAAGCACCAUUCCAGGUCGACGGUGCCGAUGUUUCCAGCGUGAUGUUCGUAGCUCAAGUACGCAACAUCAGCAAGCAGAGUACCAACAUCACAUAUAAGGUUGAUGAUAGCACAGGCGAUGUCGAAGUCAAGAAAUGGGUUGAUUCAGCAACUGCAGACAGCAUGGAUGUGGAUGACCCCAACGGCAUCCAUACUAAGGGCUAUGUGCGAGUGUACGGCUCUAUCAAGUCUUUCGGAAAUAAGCGAUACGUCGGCGCUCACAGUAUCCGACCUGUGACUGAUAUUAAUGAAUUCUUGUGCUCCAUGCUUGAUGCCACUGCUUCCCACUUGUUCUUUACCCGUGGUCCCCCUGGCGGGGCUGCCGGUGGUGCUGCCGGUGGAGUCGCUGCCGGUGGUGAUGCGGCGAUGGUUGACUACGGUGGUCCCCCGGCUCACAACAAGGCUCUACAAACUAUGAGUCCAUUCGCGCGUGAUAUCUACAACCUCUUGAGAACAGAGCCUCAAGACGAUACGGGUCUUCACUUGCAGGUUGUUGCGAACAAGUUGGGUCUUCCCCCGACGGAUGUUGCGCGGGCUGGUGAGGAGCUGCUCAAUGCGGGUGUGAUUUUCUCUACGCUGGAUGAGCAGACAUGGGCUAUCCUGGAUUACUAG